AUCUGUGAUGGAACCAAGCAGAAUGGUGGUAGCCCAUACCCUACAAAUAGGACCCACAUUAAUAGCACUGUACAAUGUGCUGCAUUCUGUGCACUCACUCACUACUAUUUCUCUUUUUAAACAGCAAUUAAACCAUCCGAACGUGAUAAAAUAUUUGGAUUCCUUUAUUGAAGACAACGAGCUAAAUAUUGUCCUGGAACUGGCAGAUGCCGGAGACCUAUCUCAAAUGAUAAAGUACUUUAAGAAACAGAAACGGCUGAUCCCUGAGAGGACAGUGUGGAAGUACUUUGUACAGUUGUGCAGCGCAGUGGAGCAUAUGCAUUCCCGCCGGAUCAUGCACAGAGGUAAAUGCGGCUACUUAAAAGCAUCCCACCCAAAACCACUGUUAGACAGGGCCCAUGAUGCACUGCUCUGGGCUCAGUCUCCUCUAGUAGUUUGCGUCCUUUAUACUAAGUUUAUAUACAGCUCAGUACACAGUUCUAAUAUUUUAAAUGGAUGUUAAAGUAAUUUAAAUAUGUACGUAU